GUGGUGGUGGUGAUCUUUGUUGAUUAAAAUGACUGGUUUUUGUAGAAUGUGUCAGGGAUUUAAAAUUUGCACAUGAAUUACUUAGAACACCUGACAACAUGUAGAUUUAUGUAUGUUUUUUGUAUUUUAUUUCAUUUUUACAUUUUGACGUGCUCGUAUAAUUUUUGUUCCCUUCAAAGAUGGACGGGGAAUCUCUUGACAGAUCUUUGAGCUCUAGUCAGACAAAUGUAUAUACUGCUGCUUUGUUCUAUGCCUCAUGGUGCCCUUUUUCAAGUGGUGUUCGAUCCAGAAUGCUUGUAAGAAUGGAUGGUUUGCCGACAAGGAUUCCGAAGAACUUCUUAGUCUUGCAGAUGAGAUAGGGAGCAGCUUCUGCAGUGUAAGAGAUAUGAACACUGAAGCGAACAAUUAUCUCCAAACUAUCUCAACAAUUAUGUCAAGAUUCUAUCCACGAAUGAAAAUGGGCCAGAUACUUGCUUUUCUUGAAGUUAAGCCUGGCUAUGGGACAUUUGCAUAUGAUUUCCAUAUUUUGAAGAAUGCAAAACCUUCUGCAGAAGAUAAAGUGCGGUUAUUUGUGGCUCAAACAGAUAAUAUUGAGACAUCUUCAUGUAUCACAACACCCCCACAAGUGAACUUUCUGUUAAAUGGAAAAGGAGUGGAUAAAAGGACUAAUGUGUUCAUGGUUUGUGCUUGUUUAGUUUUGGGGAAGUUAUUUUUUGUGACAACAUUAUGCACAAUGAAGCAAUCAAUGUUAAAACAAAAUAAUACGUAUAGCAGUGUGUAUUAUUUUCUAAAUUUAGAAGGGAGCUGUUUUUAG